AUGUUCAAGCUGAAGACAAGCGCCCCAAACUACGAUGAAACUUUAAACUCUAAUAAGGGUGAUCAAAAUUCGACCGCUGUAAAUGGUAAGGAAACGAGCCAAAUGAGACAUUUGAGUAUUCCACAUAAUCAAUACCAGAAUCCGUCCAUUGCAGAGUCAAGGAGAAGCUCUACUAGGUAUGAUGGAGGUUAUUCUGCCGAUAUAACCCCUGCUCAAAUAAGAAUUAUUGAUAAUAUAGACAACAGAGCAAGACUAAGAAAGACACUUCAAAGAAAUUCAAAGGUCUUGCAUGGAUACAGUAGCCUCAGCGAGAACGACCGAUGGUAUUUCGAUCUAUUCGAUAGAAAGUAUUUUGAAAAUUAUCUCGAAGAACCCUCCUAUAUCAAGAUCUUUAAAAAAAAGGAAGAGUUGAAACAGUUUGAAAGGAUGUUCUUAGCUCAGGAGUUGAAAAUUCCUGAUGUAUAUAGAUCACCCAAUUAUCAAGGAGAAUCAACAGGGGCCAAUUCCGAACUCUUCAAAAAUUCAAUAUGCUGUUCUACAUUCAGUCACGAUGGUAAAUAUAUGGUUGUUGGUUGCAAAGAUGGUUCUUUACAUCUUUGGAAAGUCAUGAACUCACCAGUUAAGAGAUGGGAAAUGGCUCGAUCAGAAAAAUCGGUUAGUUUAACUAGAGCGAACUCUUUAAAAAUCCAGAGACAUUUAGCUAGCAUUAGUUCUCACAACGGAUCCAUGUCAAGUAAUGAUUUAAAACCAAGCGACCAGUUCGAUGCAGCUUCGAAACAAUUACAUCUAUACGCACCAGUUUUCUAUUCCGAUGUGUUCAGAGUUUUCAUGGAACAUACCUUAGAUAUCUUAGAUGCGAAUUGGUCCAAAAAUGGAUUUCUAAUAACAGCUUCGAUGGACAAAACUGCAAAACUAUGGCAUCCUGAGAGGAAAUACUCAUUGAAAACUUUCGUUCAUCCUGAUUUUGUCACUUCUGCAAUAUUUUUCCCCAGUGACGAUCGUUUCGUAAUAACCGGAUGUUUAGACCACAAAUGCAGGUUGUGGUCUAUACUUGAUAACGAAGUCUCCUAUACCUUUGAUUGUAAAGACUUGAUAACGUCUUUAACUCUAUCUCCUUCUGAUGGAGAAUAUACUAUUGUCGGCACGUUCAAUGGGUACGUUUAUGUUUUAUUAACGUAUGGUUUAAAAUUUGUUUCUUCAUUUCAUGUGAUUGACAAAAGCACGCAAGGGACUACCAAAAAUAGCUUCUACCCGUCUUUCGAAUUUGGGAAAACUCAACACGGCCCUAGGAUUACGGGCCUUCAAUGCUUUUUCUCUGAGGUAGAUAAAAAUUUACGAUUAAUAGUUACUACAAAUGAUUCGAGAAUCCAAAUUUUUGAUCUAAAUGAAAAAAGAGCACUGGAAGUAUUAAAAGGAUUUCAAAGUGGCUCUUCAAGGCAUAGAGCUCAACUAUUAAUGAUGAAAAAUGAGCCAGUAGUAUUUACGGGUAGCGAUGAUCAUUGGUUUUACGCCUGGAAAAUGCAGACCUACAACUUAUCAGCAGAAACGAAUAGCAUAAUUCCAAACAGAAAAAAGAGGCUGAGCGGUAAUAUGAGUUUCAAAGGGCUUUUGAGGAUUGUCUCCAAUAAAAGUACGAAUGACGAAGCCUCGACAGAAGCCUCAAACCAAGGUGGGUCUCGCACAAACCAAAACUCUUCAAAAACUGCCCCUCAGACUCAACAUGUUGGUAGCCAAGCUAUCAAAAAUAAUCAUUACAUAUCGUUCCAUGCCCAUAGUGCGCCAGUCACUUGUGCUAGUAUUGCUCCCGAUGUUGCACUUAAAAACGUUUCAUUAUCAAACGAUUUGAUUUUCGAGCUGACUUCACAGUAUUUUAAAGAGUUGAAUCAAAAUAAUAAUAAUGCGGAAAAUAAUGGCGCAAAUGAUAGCAAACCCACCUUGCAGGCUAUUAAAGAGUCGGGAGGAUUUAGCACAAAUUUAUCAAACGUCGUAAAUAAUGUUGGUACAAUUUUAAUCACGACAGAUAAUCAGGGUUCGAUUCGUGUUUUCAGAACUGAUAUCUUGCCAGAAAUACGUAAGAAAAUCAUUGAGAAAUUCCACGCUUAUAACUCGUUCCACAGUGAAGCUACUGACAAAAGAAACAGCCAAAAUAAUGACAGUUUAUUCGUUAGUAAAAUGGAUGAGACAGAGCCGGAAGAAGUUGACGAAUUUAGCACUGCCCCACCUUCAAAUGUAGAUAACAAAAGAGAUCAAGAAAGUAGGUUGAGCAAUGAUUUUUAUGAGCAACAUUUGAACAAUAACCAAGUGGUUUCAGGUAAGUCGCCAAGAGCCGGUGCUAUUUUCAAAAACUCGAUAUUCAACAAAUCCAAUGGCAGUUUUAUGUCAUUAAAGUCAAGAAGCGAGAGCACUAAUUCUACGUUAUUCGGGCCGCAUGAUAUUCCGCAAAGCUCUACCUCGGAUCCGAAGCUAAAGUGCGACGUUUGCAAUGGAUCUAAGUUUGAAUGCGUCUCAAGAAAUCCGAUUAGUGGAGGCGAGGAUUAUUUCACUUGCACUGACUGUGGUACGAUACUCAAUAAUUUCAGAUAA